ACCCGUGUCCAUGCACACCCCAGCCUUCGCCUGCUGCAGAGCAGCCCCCGUCCUACAGAUAUGACAUCCGAGUGCUGCUUCUAUAUGUUGCUGCUUAUUGGUACCAAGGUUAUCCGUGACUCUUUGGAAGAUCACGUUUCUGGAGUUGGGGCCAGGUGCCCCCUGGGCUACUUUCCGUGUGGCAAUAUCACAAAGUGUUUGCCCCAACAACUUCACUGCAACGGUGAGGAUGACUGUGGGAAUCGGGCCGACGAAGACAACUGUGAAGACAACAAUGGAUGGUCUCUGCAAUUUGAUAAGCAUUAUACAAAGGACAAAUACAAUAAACUGAAAUCUCUGUAUGCGUUUCAGACGAAGACACCUGAGUGCUUGGCUGGUGCUGUGCCAGCAGAGUGUACCUGCCAGGGGCUGGAGGUCUUCUGCGAUGCUGCCAAAUUGCGUGCUGUCCCGUCAGUCUCUUCAAACAUAACCAUAAUGUCUCUUCAGAGGAAUCUGCUAAGGAAACUUUCUGCUGACAUUUUCAAGAAAUACCAAGACCUUAAAAAUCUGUAUCUUCAGAAUAAUAAAAUCAGAGCUGUAUCUGAACGUGCUUUCAAAGGUUUAUACAACUUGACGAAACUAUACCUGAGCAACAACAAGAUAACCAGUUUGAAGCCUGGUGUCUUUGAAGAUCUCCACAAACUGGAAUGGCUGAUAAUUGAAAAUAAUCGGAUAAAUCGGAUCUCGCCAUUAACAUUUUAUGGACUCAAAUCACUUAUUCUGCUAGAGAUGAUUAAUAAUUCUCUUGCUCAUUUGCCUGAUAAACCUCUGUGCCGAUAUAUGCCAAGACUAAACUGGCUAGACCUUGAAGGCAACCAUAUCCAUCAUGUAAGAAAUGUCACUUUCAUCUCCUGCAACACUCUAACUGUGCUGGUGUUGAGACAAAAUAAAAUCAGCUCUUUAAAUGAAAACAGCUUUUCUUCUCUCCAGAUGUUAGAUGAAUUAGAUUUGGCUAGCAACAAGAUUGAAUCACUUCCUCCGUAUAUAUUUAAGGAUCUAAAGGAGCUUUCACAACUGAACCUUUCUUACAACCCAAUCAAGAAAAUACAAAUAGACCAGUUUGAUUUUUUAAUUAAACUCAAAUCCCUCAGCUUGGAGGGCAUUGAAAUCGCAAACAUCCAGAGAAGAAUGUUCAGACCCCUUAGAAACCUUUCCCACAUAUAUUUUAAGAAAUUCCAGUACUGUGGAUAUGCCCCUCAUGUGCGCAGCUGUAAGCCCAAUACUGAUGGGAUUUCAUCCCUUGAGAAUCUUCUAGCCAGCAUCAUACAGAGAGUGUUUGUCUGGGUUGUCUCUGCCAUCACCUGCUUUGGAAAUAUUUUUGUUAUCUGCAUGAGGCCUUACAUCAGAUCAGAGAAUAAGCUCCAUGCCAUCUCAAUAAUGUCUCUCUGCUGUGCUGACUGUCUGAUGGGAAUAUAUUUAUUUGUGAUUGGAGCUUUUGAUCUUAAAUAUCGUGGAGAAUACAACAAGCACGCUCAGUUGUGGAUGGACAGUAUUCAUUGUCAAUUGGUGGGAUCGCUGGCUAUUCUGUCUACAGAGGUGUCAGUCUUACUGUUGACUUACCUGACUUUGGAAAAAUACAUCUGCAUAGUUUAUCCUUUUAGGUGUCUGAAGCCCAGAAAACGCAGGACAAUUUCCAUUUUGGUUCUUAUCUGGAUAAUUGGGUUUGCUGUUGCUUUUAUCCCACUGAGCAAUAAGGAAUUUUUCAGGAACUACUAUGGCACCAACGGCGUCUGUUUUCCUCUUCACUCAGAACAAACAGAAAGUUCAGGAAGUCAGAUUUAUUCUGUUGUCAUUUUUUUAGGUGUAAACUUGGCAGCUUUUAUCAUCAUUGUGUUUUCCUAUGGGAGUAUGUUCUACAGUGUUCACCAAACAGCUAUUACGGCUACUGAAAUUCGGAAUCAUAUUAAAAAAGAGAUGAUCCUUGCUAAACGUUUUUUCUUCAUUGUAUUUACUGAUGCACUAUGUUGGAUACCCAUUUUUAUUUUGAAACUCCUUUCUUUACUUCAAGUAGAAAUACCAGGUACCAUAACUUCUUGGGUAGUGAUUUUCAUACUGCCAAUAAAUAGUGCUUUGAAUCCUCUUCUCUACACUUUGACUACACGACCUUUCAAAGAAAUGAUUCAUCAGGUUUGGUAUAAUUACAGACAAAGAAGAUCCAAAAGAGGUAAAGGCAGUAAGAAAACAUAUGGUCCGUCAUUCAUUUGGGUAGAGAUGUGGCCAAUCCAUGAAAUCACGCCAAAGCUAACCAAGCCUGUGCUUUGUACAGACUCCUCUGAUGCUUCGGUGACUACACAGUCAACAAGGCUAAAUUCAUACACGUAAAUAAAUUUUGAAUCUUCAUGGUGACAUCUGCACUGUUAGCUUCACAUCUGUGGGCUUACUGCUUUACAGCAAUGAGGAAAAAUGAGGGAGGAAAAAUGGCACCUGGGCUCAUGUGAACCAAAGCAGGAAGAAGAGGGAGCAGUGUGUCCGUUCGCAGGUAGAACUGACACAACAACAAUUUUACCAUCUCACGGCAGUACCUGACAUUUGACAACUCAUCCUAGAUCAGAAUAAGAAGUCAGUUGUUUGAUUUUUUCCUCCCAGAAGCCAAGAAUGUGGAAAAAAACCCCAAACCAAACCAACAAACAAACCAAACUGUCAUUUAAAACAUCUCACCCUGAAAGCACAAUGUUUCAAAAUCACCUAUCUUUGGGGGGGGGGGGAUUAUUUUCAUUAAACUUUUUUUUUUUAAAUUCCCCAUUUCAACAGCUGAAUUUUUUAGAGUUGACUGGUUUUCUCAUUAAGAAUUUGUUUUUUCUCCUCAAAAUUUCUGACUGGCUAUAUUUAGGCUACAUCAGCUUUAGGGAGAAAUAGCCCUAAGAAAAGUAUUUAAAUUUCAUAAUUAGACUAGUUUAUUGUACUUGUCAAAGCCAGACAAGUGGAAAUUUUAUUCCUUUUAAAAAUUUACCAACUACUUCAACUCAUGUAAAGACGAUCCUGAAAUUGUAAUGAUUGUUCUAAUUCAGGCAGAACCACAACUGUGGAGAAGAAAAAAUAAAAAGGGUUUUUUUCUCAACUGAGUGACCCCCAGCUACAGCUGGUGGAAGCUUCCCCCUUCAGAAGAGCACCCUUCCCGGGAAAGACUGGACUGAGUAUCCCAACACCUUGAUGCUGCUCUUUUCCUCACUGUUUCUUAACAGGCUACCGUAAGUAGCUCCCCACAGCUUGCAAACUUCAACAAAUUUCAGUCUUAAGAUGUCUCAUUCUGUACAUGGAAUAAUGGGAGACAACCAAACAGAAGACUAUCAGUCUUAAUAGCUGUCAUGACAUGUACAUUUUAAUCACCUUUUGCAUCUGAUUGGAUGCAUUACAGUUAAAAUAAUUUAAGGAGCACAGCCAUUCAGCACUUUUGGAGGCAUUAUUUUACUUCCCAGUGUUACAAGGUUGAAAAAAAAAAUAAUAUCCCAUCUAAGACAAUCCUCUAGAGGCAUUUUUCUUCACAUAUCUUUACUGAAGAGAAUCUUUUCCAUUAUGAAUUACUACGACUGCCCUAGUUCUUUCAGUACUGUGCUCAUAGUCCAAUAGCCUAGAAGCCCACAAAAGUAAAAGAAAUGCUCCUUUUGCAUUGA